GUGGCCAAGAGAGACACGCGCGUUGCGUGCAGGGAAGAUGGCGGCGGUUGGCCGCGCAUGCGCACAUUGAAAAUCGCGAGGCUCGCUGAGAUUUCCGAUCAUGCGUCGAAAGCGUGAGGACGCCUGAAUAAAAAAGCUUUCCUUUCCAAACCACCGAUCAAGACAACCAUGAAGAUUUUCUGCGGAAGAGCCAACCCAACCACUGGAGCAGUGGAGUGGCUGGAGGAGGAUGAAAACUACGACUACCACCAAGAGAUUGCAAGGUCAUGCUAUGCGGACAUGCUGAACGACAAAGACCGAAAUACAAAGUAUUUCCAGGGUAUCCGUGCCGCAGUGGGCAGAGUCAAAGAAAGAGGAGAGAGAGUGAUUGUCCUGGAUAUUGGCACUGGCACAGGGCUUUUGUCUAUGAUGGCAGUGACGGCAGGGGCUGAUUUCUGCUAUGCCGUUGAGGUCUUCAAGCCUAUGGCGGAAACUGCUGUGAAGAUAGUGGGGAAAAACGGUUUUAGCAACAAAAUCAAGAUAAUCAACAAACACUCAACUGAAGUCACAGUGGGCCCAGAUGGAGACAUGCAGUCUCGUGCAAACAUCCUGAUAACAGAGCUGUUUGAUACCGAAUUGAUUGGAGAAGGGGCAUUGCCUUCUUAUGAGCAUGCCCACAGGCACCUUGUGGAGGAGGGAUGUGAGGCAGUGCCUCACAGGGCAACAGUUUAUGCCCAGUUAGUGGAAUCCAAAAGAAUGUGGUCCUGGAACAAGCUAUUUCCCAUUCAUGUCCAAGCAGAAGAUGGCAACAAGAUGAUUGUCUCCCCACCAGAAAUGGAGAACUGUCCUGGAGCACCUUCUGUCUAUGAUAUUCAACUGAAUCAGGUGCCGUUGUGUGACUUUGUGGCUCUCAGUGAAGGGGUCACAAUGUUCAGUGUAGAUUUUAGUAAACAAGUAAGCAGAGCCCCUUCUUACCACACAGUGGAAGUAGUGCCCAUGAAGUCUGGCAAAGCCCAAGUGGUCCUCUCCUGGUGGGAUAUUGACAUGGACCCUGCUGGUUCAAUAAAAUGUACAAUGGCCCCUUACUGGACACGGUCUGCCUCUGAAGAUAUCCCGUGGAGAGAUCACUGGAUGCAGUGUGUGUAUUUUCUUCCAAAUGAAGAACCUGUUGUCCAAGGCCAGAGUGUGAACCUGACUGCCUUUCAUGAUGAUUACUCUGUGUGGUAUAAGCUUCAGAAAGGCAGAACAGAAGAAGACAACACUGCUGUCAAUGUUGAGAGUCCUGUGUGUAGGUGUCAGGCCCACCUUCUGUGGAACCGGCCACGGUUUGGAGAACUAAAUGAUCAGAACCGAACAGCCCAGUAUAUACAAGCACUGCAGACAGUUAUGAAGCCGAACAGUAUUUGCCUCAGCGUCAGUGACGGCAGCCUCCUUCCUGUGUUGGCUCACCAUCUGGGUGCAGAAGAGGUGUUCAUGUUGGAGACCUCCUCAGUUUCUCAUUCACUCAUGCAAAAAAUUUUUAAGGCCAACCACCUAGAAAAUAAAAUUAAAAUAAUAGAGAAGAACCCUGAAUUGUUGAUCUCUUCUGAUCUGGGAGACAAAAAGGUAUCUCUUUUAAUUGGCGAACCCUUUUUCUCUACAAGUUUGCUGCCAUGGCACAAUUUAUAUUUCUGGUAUGCCCGGACAGCACUGGCACACCACCUCACAAGUGAUAUCAAGGUCCUGCCCCAAUCUGCAUCCCUUCACCUGAUGGUUGUAGAGUUCAAGGACUUGUGGCGUAUCCGCAGUCCGUGUGGCAUUUGUGAAGGGUUUGAUGUGCGCAUUAUGGAUGAGAUGAUAAAGAAUUCUUUAGACUUCAGGGAAUCAAGGGAAGCUGAGCCUCAUCCUUUGUGGGAGUACCCUUGCAAAUCCCUAUCUGAUCCAGUGGAAGUCUUCACAUUUGAUUUCCAACAAACCGUACCAGAGCACAAUAUCAGGAAAGAAGGCCUCAUAAACCUGGCAAGGACUGGGAAGAGCCAUGGAGCUGUUCUGUGGAUGGAAUAUCAGCUGGUACCCAGCCUCAUCAUUAGCACAGGACUUGUACAGGUUUCAGAUGAAAAGGGCUAUUGUCGGUGGACUCCCCACUGCAAACAGGCUGUGUACUUCUUCAGAUCAGUUACUGAGCCAGAAUCUCUAAUCAAUAACCCUUCUACAGUUGCGUACGCUGUAAGCUUCAACCCAAAGAAGGGAGAGGUUGGCAUGGAUUUUCAGCUCUUAAAUUAAUGCAGCAUCCUUCCAAAGAAAAAUCUUUUCCCUUUCUUGUGGCUAGAUCAUAAUAAAUAUAAUUGAUAGA